AUGAAGCAGGAGCGCAAGGAACUUCCAUACGACCUUGCAUUCCACCUUUAUACCUUGGCACUCGACGACAACAUCUUUGUUCAGGACAUCACGGCCGAGACAGUCGACAAGCCCUCGCCGCAGCUCGUUGCAGCCAUCAAGAACGCGGGUGGUAGUCUCCCACUUGUCAUCCGUCCGGCGGCCACAAAGUUACCGAUUCUGAGAGUCAAUCGGAAGGGCAACAACGGCCGGUUUGGACCGGACCCUCUGGAACCUCUGACCUACCGCCACUCGGCGACGGUUUUGCAGAACCUCGGCGCAGCAGCCGGAUACACGACGGAUGAUGACUUGGCCAUCGAUCUCAUGACGGACGGGAGAUCACAGCAAGGCUGGCAUCUGGACACCACCAGAACACCAAUGUGGCAUAAGUCAGUCUCUAACCCUGUCGACACGUGGGGUCGUCUCCUGGGCAAUGCCAUCCGAUCUGACGCUGCUGCGAACGUCCGAGGUCUGCAGUACUUCGAAGGCCUUCCCAAGAAGCUGUCUUUCACUGAGACCGACGUGGCGGACGACGAUGGAAAGCUCCAGAAAAUGGUUGCCGACUGCCGUCCGAGGCGCGACGCUCUUGUGUCCGAAUUCGGCACCAUUGCUGCCGCCAAGACAGCACACAGGACCAAGCACGACGAGUACCAGGUGUGCAUGAAGACUGCAUCCCAUUACCGCGACAAGCUGCGCGCAGCGCAGCUCCAGGACGUGCAGCGGCGGUACAUCCUGUCCCUCGUCAGCAACGCAUCGGCCCAUGAUGAUGUGACAGAUAUCAAUGCCGCCAUGACCCCCGACGCCGCUGGGCCGUCGAACGUCUCCGUGGCCGAUGUUCUUGAUACUCUUGUCACCGAGGUCGACCUGGAGCACCAAGACGUCAUCAAGGACGUGAUCAACACCCCGGUAUACACCGCCGAUGAGCGUUCCCGGCAGCUGCAGAGGCUCGCAGCUGACGUAAAGUCGGAAUAUGACCCGCCCAAGGAGACCGUCGCCCAGCAACUGUACGCUGCCAUGUUCAGUGCGCUUGACAUCCCUCUCCCGGCGGUUCAGUGCCUUUGCCUUGCAGAGCCUAGCGAACCUCCCCCCAACUCCCAAGCGAAUCGCGACGUCAACGGUGCCUGCCCAAUCUGCCUCAAGGUGGCGACGGACAUUGGCGACUCGCCAUCCGAGCGCACCCUGCACAUUCGCCGCUGCGUGAACAGCACCAUUGGCCUCAAGUACAUGGAUGCCUUUGAUGCGGCAAGGGGCAACGACAAGAAAUGCCCUCUGUGUGACGAUGACCCUUUCGACACUGCUGCGGACAUGUCGCAUCACUCGGUGGGCCACCGCUCGACGAGCCGCCACAACUUGGUUGACGGGAAAGAGUGCGGUCACGCAACUCCAACCCCAAGGACGAGUCCGCUCAUCGCGAGUUGGAGCACGGAUACCUCAACACCACUGGAGCGUACCCAGUGGGGUCCAUUACAUACCUUUUGCGUCAUGUGUGCAGAACGGCUGGUUGGCCUACCACAAAACGUAGACCACCAUGCCCUGUACAUUAUGGACAUCAUCGACGCUUGUGCGGGCGACCCCACCUACCUCGGUUGCCCGAAACAUUCCCCCGGCAUCGUCGGUCGCCCCUGA